AUGAACGUUUCUCUUCUCCUCGGAGUGUUCUUGGGAACCUUUUCAGUCCUUGGCAUGCAGGCGAAGGAGAAGCCUUCGCCACCAUUUCCCAUUGACCUUGGCGUCAGUCUCAUAUUUCCUCAGCCAAAUGAGACUUACCGCCCUGUCUACCCUUUUCCUAUCGUGUUUGCCCUUACUGGAGCGACCAAGGCGUGGCCUUAUGGCUUCAAGCUGCAGUGGCGUUUGGAGGGCAACUGGACGACUCCCAUCAAGAAAGAGGAUGUGCCUAUCGUCUAUGGAUCAGCUCCAGAUUGGCUUUACAGCUCAGGGUCGCUUGAUCCAGCGACGGAACCAUACUUUGUGAUCAAUGCUACAGGCAUCAUGGGUAACACUUCUUAUACAGAGUGGGAGCUUGGAUGGAGUUUGUCAGUUCUCCAAGAGUGCUCUCCUGGACCUGAGCGAUAUUGGAAGUAUGGGUCCAUCAACUUCUCGACAUCAUCUUCGGGCUUACUCCCCAAUUACAAGCCCAAAGGGCCCUGCCCCCUCGAGAUCCAGCACACUCGGUUCUUGGACAACAGAACAACGCCAAAAGGGGUGACUGGGGAUAGGAGGUCUGAAAGUUGCGUGGUGGUCACGGAUCAGGAAGGAGAAGGUGAUCCGUGUAGUAUUGACACUGGUCACGAACUGGCAACCGUGGUUCGUGCUGAGAUGCUCAGUCUUCGCAUCCUUGCCAUAUGGUCAUUUGAGCGAGUUGUGAAGACCCUCUCCAAAGACAGACAGUCUAUAUUCUCUCAGUAUGGUGAUACAUCUGUGGGCCUUUACAUUGGAGACAAGGUUGUGCCAAGUAGCGUUGCCAACGUCGUUAUCGAGGCGUUGGUGAAGCGUCUUCGAGAGUCUGGCAUGCCAAGAAGCCUUGGAGUUCAGCUUUGUGGCGAUGGUCGCAAUUCUGACUACACCUCUGGUGUCAUGAUCGACACCAAACCUGGCCUGCCUCGCUCAUCAACGCUCAACUUCCUCAUCGAGACCAUUAAGGAAGAUAACGCUGUUUCUCGGCCCUCCAACUCCACGGCACCGAAGCUCGCCAAGCGCGCAGAGUGCAGAACCAUUCAGGUCAAGUCGGGAGAUGGCUGUGGCGACCUAGCUGAGCGUUGUGGAAUCAAAGCAGCCGACUUCACAAAGUACAACAGCCAGACGAAGAAUUUGUGCUCUACUCUGAUCGAUGGCCAGCACGUCUGUUGCUCGUCUGGAGACUUGCCUGACUUUCGGCCCAAACCGAAGCCUGACGGCAGCUGUGCAACAUAUACUGUCGAAUCAGGGGACUUUUGCAACAAGAUUGCUGCUGCAAACUCUCUCAAGGUCGAAGACAUUGAGAGUUUCAACAAGAAUACCUGGGGCUGGUCUGGGUGCAAACUCUUGUUCGACAAGGCAGUGAUUUGUUUGAGCAAAGGCGAUCCCCCAAUGCCUAACCCCAUUGCAAAUGCAGAGUGUGGACCUCAAACGCCUGGCACGAAGAAAUCUGAAAAUGGAAAAGAUCUUGCGGAUCUCAACCCGUGUCCUCUGAAUGCAUGCUGCAACAUCUGGGGACAGUGCGGUGUCACAGCAGACUUCUGCAAGAACACCACGCUUGGGGCUCCAGGUACUGCAAAACCAGGGACCAACGGAUGCAUUUCCAACUGCGGCACCGACGUCGUGAACAACAAGUCUCCCCCCUCGUCUUUCAUGAGUGUCGGCUACUUCGAGGCCUGGAACCAAGACCGGCCCUGCCUCUGGAUGGAUGUUUCGGAGCUUGAAAAGAGAUCUGAACUUACCCACGUUCAUUUCUCAUUUGCUCGACUUACUGAUAGUUUCGAAGUCGAUGUCAGCCACGUCUCCUACCAGUUCAACAAGUUCAAGAAGCUUAAAGGACCCAAACACAUUCUUGCCUUUGGGGGUUGGGUGGACUCUACUCAUCCUACCAAGUAUCACAUCCUUCGCAACGCAGUCAAGAUGGAAAAUCGACUUCAGGUCGCAAAGAAUAUUGCUGCCUUCAUCAAGAAGCAUGAUCUUGAUGGCGUUGAUAUUGACUGGGAGUAUCCUGGAGCUCCAGACAUCCCAGACAUUCCAGACAUCCCCAAAGCCGACGAGGAGGAUGGGAAGAAUUACCUUGGCCUGUUGACCCUUCUCAAGGGCCAGCCCGGUGGUUUAUCACUCUUCAUCGCAGCUCCUGCUUCCUUUUGGUAUUUGAAGCCCUAUCCCACCAACAACAUCGCCAAGGUAGUUGACUACAUCAUCUACAUGACCUACGAUCUGCACGGUCAAUGGGACUACGACAAUAAGUGGGCUUCUCCCGGCUGUCCAAAAGGAAACUGCUUGCGUUCCCAUGUCAACCUCACAGAAACCAUGGGUGCUCUCGCCAUGAUAACCAAGGCUGGCGUGCCGUCGACCAAGGUUAUUGUUGGAGUUACAAGCUACGGAAGGUCCUUCAAGAUGGCGAAAAAGGGAUGUGGCGUUUGCACUGGCGAGUCCGGAUACAUCUCGAAUGCGGAGAUUGAGAACAUAGCUAACAAGCAGGUAACCUGGUGGAUUGACGAGAGUGACUCCGAUAUUCUAGUGUACAACGACACUGAGUGGGUUGCCUACAUGUCUGACUCGACCAAGAAGAGGCGAAUUUCCAAGUAUCAAGGUCUUAACUUUGGAGGCGUCACCGACUGGGCUGUUUAUCUUCAGAAGUUUGGCAAGCUUGAAGAUAGCAACUUGAUCGAGAUCAUCGACAAGGACGGCAAAUGCAAGUGGAAGACGAAAGACGGGUUUAUUUGUCUGGACAAAGCCGUCAUAGAGCAUGUGUCAGACCUUGCUGAUGGUUACGAGAAGUUUGACUGUGCAUCGUUUUCUGUAGGUGUCAAUGGGUGCGAGCAGGAAGACAAAUGCGAGGAUACCCGGGACUCAGGACCUGCCGGCUACUUUAUCCUCAACUCUUUCACUAGCAUACAUACUACGUUCAAAGGCCUUUGGCAGACUGUCGACAAGGUUGAAAAUGGCAUGCAGUCAAAGCUAGAACAGCUGGUAGAAACGUUUGCUCCAGAUGUGGAUGAAUCAAACGAGUUCAAUUUGAUUGCAGAUUUUCUCGGAAUCGCCGUGGGGAUGUUUGCCGCUCCGCUCUUCAACAAGAUUAUGAAGACGAAAGACAGUCCCACGGCUGACAUCAAGGACCUUAUUGCGAACACGGCUUCUUGGGGAGCCACUCUAGCGAAGGAUAUCCAGAACAGCAAGAGGGAAACGCCCAAGAGCAAAGUCGCUGGCAAGCUCAGCGAAAUCUCAGAUCUCUGGACCGAGUCCAUCGAAGCUUUUACUGAAAAAGCAUUCCGCGGAGGCGAUGAAUCCGUCGAUUACAUCGGAGACUUGAUUGCCGAUGGCAAAUUCAACAAUGACGAAGUAACCUUUGACAUGUCAGAUCUUCGAAAACAACUGCGCAAAGUCUUUUUCGCAGUCCUCAUCCCCGAGGCUUGGAAAGUUGGCGCCGGAUAUGCUCCCGCCUUCGUCAUGGAUUCCGGUUACGAUUGCAAUGCUGUUGGGCCUCUCGACUACGAGUACAUCGCCCCGAGCACUGGUGAGGAGAUGGGGUACUGCUACCAAGGCCGGAGGGCCGUCGAGGGCUGGAAAGCCAACAAGGAGAAAAACGGUGGUGGGUUUCUUGACCUGACAAAAACGAGCAACUAUGACUUUCUUCUUGACGAUAACUCAGAUGAGGUCAAUAUCAGAUUGCCCGGUUUUAUCCAGAUUCCAUAUGGCGGCCACAACGGCAACUGGAACUUGACUGCUCACGGUGGCUCUAAGCCCAGUCCCAACGGCGGCUCCAACAGUGGUUCCAAGUGUGGUUCCAGUGGCGGCUCUCAGACCAGCUCUAACGGUGGUUCAAGCUCUGGUUCCAGCUUUGGUUCUAAUCAAGGCCCCAACGGCUCUAUUGGCGGCGGUUCCAAGGACACACAACCUAGCAUCGUACCUGGUAUCAGUUGGGCUUGUAAACAGGCCAUUGAAAUGCUCUCUCUUCUUGCUACAAUUGCAACCCUUUUUUAAUCAAAUUCCUCUUCACCUCUGAGUUUUGUUUCCCAUCUGCAGCUUUAGCU